AUGGAAGCGAGUCAGAUCACGCCGGGCUGUUACUACCACACUGCCGCGGAAUGGGAUCAAAACCUCAUCUCGACCCGCGACUUCUUCUCAAACUGUCUGAGUCAUCUCGGUUCUCCCGAUACUCGCGUGCGACAUCCAGAAGAUGUAGAGUCGGUGAACCAACAACUAGACCGCAUGUUCUGGAAGGGCAAGUUUGGACCCGUGGCUGCUGCGAUUAAGUUAUGUGAAUACGACGACUUGGCAGAGUCAAUUGAUGUGGAAAGAUUGGUGCCCCUAUUCAUGGAAUGCACGUUCGUAUCUCAGAGCAUCGAGGCUAUUGAAACACUUGACGACCAGAAUGUCUUAGCAUCCCCCUUUUUCCGCCAGGCUUUCAUCGUAACCGCUCUUCAGACUGGUAACGAGUCGCUCAUCCGAGACCUCGUCAACCACGCCCCGGUAGCCCCACCACCUCCAGAGACCUGCAUGUUCAAGAUGCAGCGCGCGUCUCUUGAAGAUGCAGAGGGUAUAUCCGCCGGUACAUGGGCUGCUCUCAUAAAGACAAGGUGGGCGCUACCAACGCGGAGACACAGUCUCUGGGCCGCAGGGAGUUCUAACGGAGCAGACGGCGUCGCAUUACUAAACGCCGUCGUCGCGGCUGGGUGGGACAUGCACGCCAACCCCAUAAGCAAAAAGACCGUCCCGGCCAUGGCACUUACACACGGCGAACCAGAGGUACUAGAAUACCUCUUCGAUCUCUAUUCCGUCGUUCCGACCGACGACAUGCUCAUCCAAGCCGUAGAAUUGAGGAAGACGGGCGGCGUAGGGAAUCUGAGGUUGUUGCUAGAUAAGUAUCACUUGGAUGUGAAUUACGUGCGUCAGGGAUUCGGGCUUGGUGAUAGGCCGCCUCCCAUUACCGAUCCGAGAGAGAGGGCUGAGUGGGAGUGGGCGAGAAGACAGGCUGGUUCGAAGAGAAAGCCGAAGACGGCUUUGGAGGCGGCGGAAAUCAGGGGAGACACUGAGGCGUAUGAGUUCUUGCUUGCAAGAGGCGCGUCUAGAACCGCGGGUUAUGAUGAGUGA